CCAUUGGGCGCCGGCGGCGGCCGAGCAAGGAAAACCAAAGGCUCUUCGGUCUCGCCCGCCCCACCCCCACGGACGCGCGCCCCGACCCCGGCCAAAGGAAGGGUUGCCCGGCUCCAGCCCUGCACCCCCGACCCCCGGCCUCAGGUGCAGCUCCGCAGCCAUCCCCGGACCAGGGCGGGCACUUGGCCUGUUGCUCAGCGCAACCACCCUCGCCCUCCCGAGCCAUGCACAGGGAGGCAAGCGUCCGGCCCCGGCCCCCCAGGCCUCCCUGCAGCACCCCGUAAUGUAAUACAUUGGGGCGGGGGAGGCGGCGGCGGCGGCAACCGCGGAGGCGGCGGCGGCAGCCGCACUGCCCCAAUCUAGACACAUCCAGAAGAGGAGGAAAAUGGCUCCGAGCAGGGACCGCCUGCUGCACUUUGGGUUCAAGGCGACAAUGUUCUCAAAUAGUGAUGAAGCUGUAAUCAAUAAAAAACUUCCCAAAGAACUCCUGUUACGGAUAUUUUCUUUUCUAGAUGUUGUUACCCUGUGCCGCUGUGCUCAGGUCUCCAGGGCCUGGAAUGUUCUGGCUCUGGAUGGCAGUAACUGGCAGCGAAUUGACCUAUUUGAUUUCCAGAGGGAUAUUGAGGGCCGAGUAGUGGAGAAUAUUUCAAAACGAUGUGGGGGCUUUUUACGAAAGUUAAGUCUUCGUGGAUGUCUUGGAGUGGGAGACAAUGCAUUAAGAACCUUUGCACAAAACUGCAGGAACAUUGAAGUACUGAAUCUAAACGGGUGUACAAAGACAACAGACGCUACAUGUACUAGCCUUAGCAAGUUCUGUUCCAAACUCAGGCACCUUGACUUGGCUUCCUGUACAUCAAUAACAAACAUGUCUCUAAAAGCUCUGAGUGAGGGAUGUCCACUGUUGGAGCAGUUGAACAUUUCCUGGUGUGACCAAGUAACCAAGGAUGGCAUUCAAGCACUAGUGAGGGGCUGUGGGGGUCUCAAGGCCUUAUUCUUAAAAGGCUGCACGCAGCUAGAAGAUGAAGCUCUCAAGUACAUAGGUGCACACUGCCCUGAACUGGUGACUUUGAACUUGCAGACUUGCUUGCAAAUCACAGAUGAAGGUCUCAUUACUAUAUGCAGAGGGUGCCAUAAGUUACAAUCCCUUUGUGCCUCUGGCUGCUCCAACAUCACAGAUGCCAUCCUGAAUGCUCUAGGUCAGAACUGCCCACGGCUUAGAAUAUUGGAAGUGGCAAGAUGUUCUCAAUUAACAGAUGUGGGCUUCACCACUCUAGCCAGGAAUUGCCAUGAACUUGAAAAGAUGGACCUGGAAGAGUGUGUUCAGAUAACAGAUAGCACAUUAAUCCAACUUUCUAUACACUGUCCUCGACUUCAAGUAUUGAGUCUGUCUCACUGUGAGCUGAUCACAGAUGAUGGAAUUCGUCACCUGGGGAAUGGGGCCUGCGCCCAUGACCAGCUGGAGGUGAUUGAGCUGGACAACUGCCCACUAAUCACAGAUGCAUCCCUGGAGCACUUGAAGAGCUGUCAUAGCCUUGAGCGGAUAGAACUCUAUGACUGCCAGCAAAUCACACGGGCUGGAAUCAAGAGACUCAGGACCCAUUUACCCAAUAUUAAAGUCCACGCCUACUUCGCACCUGUCACUCCACCCCCAUCAGUAGGGGGCAGCAGACAGCGCUUCUGCAGAUGCUGCAUCAUCCUAUGACAAUGGAGGUGGUCAACCUUGGCGAACUGAGUAUUUAAUGACACUUCUAGAGCUACCGUGGAGUCUCUCCAGUGGAAGCAACCCCAGUGUUCUGAGCAAGGGUUACAAAGUGAGGGAGGGCAGUGUCCAGAUCCCCAGAGCCACACAUACAUACACAUACACACCCUUACCCCCAUCCACUCUAGCUUUGUGACCAUGGGACUGAAGUUUGUGAUGGCUUUUUUAUCAAGUAGAUUGGUAAAAUUUAACCAUUCUUGUUGAGGUGCCCAUAAGAAAAUCAUAGGCCAAGAUAGGGAGGGGCAUUCCGGCAAACCCCGUGUUAAUGCUACUGUGGUUUUUAAAUUUUUGUCUAGGGGUUUCUUUGGGGAUUUUAGAACAGCAUCUGCUGUCCUCCGGGGUCAAGAAAAGCAUGGAAAGACAAUAUAUGAUGUACCCAGGGACCAGAAAGAAAAUUUCUUUGCAUCUUAGAAAUGGUAGACAUUCAUUGUGACUACAGAGCUUCUAUGCUUCCUUGUUUCCAUGCCAACAUGCUGAGCAUGCUCACAAAGAAGGCUUGUCCAUUCCUCCUGUGUUUUAGUAUUUGGCCCAGAGGUUUCCUAAAUGGUUGCAUUGAAAUCACUGUGGUCCAAAUGUAAUUCUUACACACUCAAAUUAUCACUGUCUGUAGCACACUUGUGCACCUGUCUUACGUUCUCUGUUGCUCCCCCCCCACACUCUUGCUCAGUCUGUCACCUGUUCAGUCUGCUUACUCACUCAAUUGUUACCUUUUUGCUGUUGUCGUGUUUACAGUUUGCAUUUUGAAUGAUUAGUUGGGAUUACCAAACAUUUUUUAAAAAGAUAUUAUCAAUAAAUAUUUUUUUAAUUCUAAA